AUGGAGAUCUGGAAAGAAGGGUCGGGCGCAAACCGAUACACAGCUGCUGCCGACUGGGCUGAAGAUGGGCUCGUUGCAUUUGGAUCCGAUUCCAACGUGUGUCUCUGGGACCCAACUGAUCCAAAAGGCAUUUCAAAUAUUCUCAGCGGGCACACUGCUCACGUAAGAGCCGUCGCAUUCUUGCCCGGAAGAAAUGAAGAGAGCAAGACGGUGAACUUGGUGACGGGCGGAGACGACAAGCAGCUCCGGCUCUGGGCUAUAGACUCGGAGACGGGCGCCGCUUCGUGCGUUCAGACCAUUCAGGAGCACAGCGAACCCAUCAACUGCAUCGCCGCUCUGAAAAGUCCAGCUUCUGGGGAUGUGGCAAAACAAAUAUUCGCCACGGGCGCUGCGGAUGCCACAGUCAAGAUCUGGGUUUUCGAAGCUGGCCAAAUCACCCUCCUCCAGACGAUCAAGACCACUAGAAAGUACAUGCCUCUCACUCUCGCCUUGAGCGCACUUGAAGAAGGAAAUGGACUCGUCUUAGCUGUUGCGGGGACUACCAACGCCGUUCAAAUAUUUACAGCCUCUGCGGCAGACGGCAAUCCAGGGGUCGAAUUCACCCUACAGGCCACCCUGCCAGGUCACGAGAACUGGAUCCGCUCACUCGAUUUCAUCCGCGAGAAGCCUGAGAAGGGUAGCGACAUCCUCCUUGCGUCGGCAAGCCAAGACAAGUACAUCCGUCUCUGGCUUUUCGAAGCCCUUCUCCUUGGCCACGAAGAUUGGGUAUACAGCGCCCGCUGGUUCCGUGCUGCCGAUGGCAGGUUGCAGCUGCUGUCCGCCUCGGCCGACAACACCUUAUCCCUUUGGGAAUCAGAUACCGAAUCUGGCAUUUGGCUCACCGUCGUUCGUCUUGGGGAGAUUAGUCGAGAAAAAGGAGCAACAACGGCUACGGGCAGUAUCGGCGGGUUCUGGACUGGCCUGUGGUCGCCCUCGGGUACAACCGUCAUCACCCUCGGUCGUACGGGGAGCUGGCGGCGAUGGGAUUACGAUGCGGCGGAAGAUAUGUGGAAGCAAAACUUUGCUAUAUCCGGUCACACCCGCGCCGUGACAGGCAUUUCGUGGUCUCGCGACGGUCUAUAUCUCCUCUCGACCAGCUCCGACCAGACAACCCGCCUCCACGCGGAAUGGGCGCUCGAUGCACGCAACUCCUGGCAUGAGAUGUCACGCCCGCAAAUACAUGGCUAUGAUCUCAACUGCAUCUCCGCCCUUGGUCCGGCCUCCUUUGUCUCGGGUGCCGACGAGAAGCUCAUGCGCGUCUUCACCGAGCCCAAAGCCGUCGCCCGCAUGCUCAGUCACCUCACAAACACAGCCGCUCCCACCCCCGAAACCGAAGAGGCGCUCCCUGACGUAGCCAACAUGCCGGUCCUCGGCCUCUCUAACAAGGCCGUUACCACCCUCUCCCCAGAAGAAGGCCGGCCGCCAGCCGCCGACUCCUCUACCAACCAAGCGAUAGACCCCACCACCGCCGACCCCGACACAGCCACCACCCACGCGCAGCCCUCCCCUCUCUCCACUCUUACCCACCCUCCCUUGGAGGAGUCCCUCUCUCGCCACACGCUCUGGCCUGAGAUUGAGAAGCUGUACGGGCACGGCUACGAAAUCUCGUGUCUGGCCGCCAACCAUGACGGGACGCUGGUCGCGAGCGCCUGCCGCGCCAGUUCCCUGACCCACGCCGUAAUUCGUUUGUUUGAAACCCGCGGCUGGACCGAACUGCGUCCGCCCCUGCAGGCACAUACCCUCACCGUCGCCCGCGUGCGCUUCUCGCGGGACGAUCGGUACAUUCUGAGUGUCGGGCGCGAUCGCGGGUGGGCUGUCUGGGAACGGACUCAGGCGAGUGAAGGCCAGAAUGAGGGCGAGAGGGAUGGGGGAUAUAAGUUGGCGCAGACAAAUGCCAAAGGCCACACCAGGAUGGUGUUGGAUGCGGCUUGGGCGCCGGUUGGUGAUGAUGCCAACGGCACGAGGGUGUUUGCGACAGCGGGGAGAGAUAAGUUGGUUAAGGUGUGGGUGAGGAAGGGGGGUGAGGGAGGGCAAUUUGAGCUGGGCAAGGCGGUUACCGAGGAACAUCCCGUUACAGCGUUGGAUUUUGUGCCCGAGGUGACGGAAGCGGGCCUGCUUCUGCUGGCUGUCGGCACGGAGGGUGGUAAGGUGUCUGUGCUGACGCUCAAGGUCAAUGAUGGUGAGGUGGAGGUUGUGUCGACGUCGGUUGUGGGCCAGGCGUUGUCGUUGCCCAAGGCGGUGUUGCAGCUUGCGUGGCGACCAACGAGAGAGGGACGCAAAGGCGAAGAGCUGGCGAUCGCGGGCGAGGACGGGUCGUUAAGGAUAUACUCGUUCCUUGCGCUGUAG